AUGGACGCCGCACCGGCUCCCGCGCUGGACGCCGCACCGGCUCCCGCGCCGGCGCCCGACGCCGCUGCACCGACGGAGGAGUUCACCGUCGACGAGAACACGGUGGCCAUGGCGCCCUUCGACAAGGACGGCGUCGAGUGCGACACGAAGGACGCGGAGGACCUCGACGUCACGCAGACGCUCCUGGGCCUCUGGGGCGGCCGGCUGCCGGGCCUCGAGGAGCGGGUCACGACCUUCGCCUGCGCCGUCGACAGCGCGCUCCUCGCGGCCUGGGUCAAGCAGCCGAGCCCCUGCUGCGCGGCCGCGGCGUUGGCCGGCGCGAUGAACGCGCUCGCGCGCGUCGGCCGCCGCGACGCGCGCGCGAUGCAGCCCCUGGAGAUCCUGGCGACGAUGCGGGGCCUGCUACGGGACACGGUGGCGAAGAAGCGGGCGAGCUUCGAGCGCAAGCUCGGCGCGGACCUCGGCCCGCUGCUCGCCGCCGUCGCGGACCGCGUCGCGCUCGACGGCAAGCGCUUCGGCGCGUCCACGAAGAAGGAGGCGGCGGCGAGCGUCACGGCCAAGUACCUGCUCGGGGCCGUGCGCGCCGAGGUCGAGGCGCGGGGCGACGCCAUCGCCGCGGCCGUCGAGCGCCAGCGGAACGUCGAGCAAGGGCUCGCGCCCGCGCCCGCGCCCGAGGCGGACGCCGCGGACGCGGACGAGCCGCCGGCGCCGGUCUUCUGCCGCCUCUGGGAGCUCUACGAGGAGGACGCGGCGCGGAAGCGGGCCGAGGCCGAGAAGCGGCGCCUCGAGGCCGAGGCGUCCGGCGCGGCGGUCGUCGACGACGACGACGACCGCGACGACGACGACGACGACGACGACGACGACGGCGAGCCGCCGGAGGACGACGAGGCGGCGCCCGAGGCCGCGGCGCCGCCGGCGCCCGCCGUCGCGCCGGCCGCGGGCGCGCCGCGGCCGCCGAGCCCCGAGGCGGCCGCGCCGGCGCCCGGCGGGCCCCGGAGGCGGCGGGCCAGGGCCCCGAGCCGCAAGAAGUCGCACCUCGGCGCCGCGCGGCGCGCGGCGAAGCCCUGGGCCUGGAAGGCCGACCUCGGGGACAUUUUGAAGAAGUGCGACGGCAUCGCGAAGACGCGGCCGUCGACGGCGGCGUUCGGCAACUGGGGCCUGAUCCACGCCGCGGAGCAGCUCGCGCGCGACGAGCUCUUCGACGACGUCUGGGCCGGCGACGACGCGUCGACGGCCGCGGGCGAGCCCCGGGUCGACGAGCCCGCGGCGCCGGCCGCGGGCGCCGCGGACGCCGUCGCGUUCCUGCGCCUCGACCCGGAGCCGCUCUGGGCCUGCCCCAAGGCGCCCGUGGCGACGGUCAGGGUCACGCUCUUCGCCGGCGCCGCGAAGCGCGGCUCCGCCAUGGCCUGCCCGCUGCGGCGCGGCGACGGCGGCCCCGAGGUCGAGGCGCAGUGGGGGAAGCUCCACGCCGUCUUCCUCGACCCGCGGGCCUGCCUCCUCUUCCACCUCAAGAACCACUACGCGCUCAUCUACGCGCUCCGCGACUGGGUCGACACGAGCGACCCGGCGAAGCCGCGCCGCGUGCGCCAGAUGCUCACCGCGCGCAAGGGCCAGCGGCCGAGCGCGUGGAUCGACUGGCUCGAGGCCCGGGAGACCAUGCUCAACUGGGCCGGCUACAAGAUGAUGGUCGUCAGCGUCUCGCCGCCCGCGACGGGCGAGAAGGCCGACGACGCGAGCGCCGCCUCGACGCGCGCCCGCGCCGCCGCGAUCUUCGCCUCCGACGGCGGCGGGCCGGAGAAGCGCACGAACGCGGCCGUGUGGCCGGGGAUCGCCCGCAGCCGCACGCCCGCGUCCGUCGGCGUCGGCAGCGACCGCAGCGUCUCGUUGGCCGCCAUGACGAAGCUGACCUUCGUCGCGCGUUCGCUCGUCUCCAUGCGCACGGGCGCGGUCAUGGCCAUCGACCGCGACGACCGCUUCGAAAAGGGCCCGCCGCCGACGCGGUUCCGGCCGCCGAAGAUGAAGCCCGCGCACGCGCGGAACCCGCUCCCCGUCGCCGCGCGCAUGCUCUGGUCCCGGAACGUCGCCUCGACGACCGUGUAG